GGUGCCGGGACCCACGCGCAGUAGUUGUGUUGUUGCUGUAAAAUUAUAUAUUUAACAUAAAAUCUGACAAUCAUGGUGACCAUAGAACAACUAUACAAAGAUUUUGGUGUUCUUGCAGAUGCUAAGGAUAAGGCAGGAGAGCAUGAAAAAGAAUAUGAAUCUAUUCUAAGUGCUGUGAGUGGGGGACCAUCAGAGAAGAGGCUGGCCUCGCAGUUCAUCGUCAGAUUCUUCAAAUACUUUCCCAAGCUGGAGCACACUGCUAUAAAUGCUCUAUUUGAUUUGUGUGAAGACGAUGAUGUCAUGAUCCGGAAACAAGCGAUCAGAGACCUGCCAACCAUAUGCAGAGCUGCCACAGAACAUGUCCCAAAGAUUUCAGAGGCCCUUGCUCAGCUAUUACAGUGUGACGAUGCCACAGAACUGAGUCUGGUCCAGUCUUCUCUUGUCAGUCUUCUCAAAAUCAACACCAAAGGUACUUUACAAGGUUUAUUUACACAAAUUAUGGGAGAAGAUGACACAGUAAGAGAAAAAGCCAUCAAAUUCCUUGGUACCAAAAUAAAGACUCUUCCUGAAGAAAACCUGGACAAAGACACUGAAGAUUAUCUAGUUGCAGAGUGUAAAAAGGUGCUACAAGAUGUUACAAAGGAUGAGUUUAUCUGUAUGAUGGACAUCCUGAAGGCCCAGAAACCCAUGAACACAGUACAGGGACGACAACAGUUGGUAGAAAUCGUGACAGAACAGGCAGAGCUGGACCAGGACUUUGUGGCCAAAGAACCAGAUUGUGUUGACAAACUGAUGCAUUGUAUUAAACAGGCUGUUCCACUCUUCUCUAAAAAUGUUCAUUCAAAGGCGUUUGUGGGGUACAUUUGUGAUAAUGUGUUGCCAUCAUUGGGUGAACUUGCUAGUCCAGAGGAAGGCGUGGAUGCACAACUAGAAAUGUUGAAAUUAUAUUCCGAGAUUUCAGAGUUUAGUGGGGAUUUAGAAAAUUUGGAAGACCGAGUGACCAAUGUUUUCAAUUGUUUAAUUAAUUAUAUGCCUGUACCCCCUGCAGAAGAAAAUGAUGGACUUUCAGCUAAUGAACAACCAAAAUUCCAAUUCUCUUUUGUGGAGUGUUUGAUGUUUGCUUUUCACCAAAUUGCAAGAAAAUUACCCGGGUUUUUGACGGAUGAAGCCAAUGCAGAGAGACUAAAAGAUUUCAGAUUGAGAUUACAGUAUUUUGCCCGAGGUGUCCAGGUAUACAUCAAACAACUACGACAAGCACUUCAGGGGAAAACUGGGGAUGUGUUAAAAACUGAUGAGAACAAAAUCAAGGUUGUAGCUCUGAAGAUCACCUCCAACAUCAACACAUUAAUCAAAGACCUGUUCCACAAUCCGCCAUCAUACAAGGCCAUUCUGACACUCUCCUGGAAACCUCUGGUAAGACAACCUCAGACAGCAGUACAAGCGACAGACACCAGUUCCACAGCUGCCGGACAAAAGAGAAUCACACCCAUCACAUUUAGUUCUGGUGACAAAUCUGCUAAAAAGAUGUCAAAACAAGACCGGUCAUUAUACUCACCACCAAGUGGAAAGUUCAGUCAACGCGCAGGAGCAUUUAAGGAAAUGACAGGAAACACACAAGGCUUUGGAGGACGAGGUCGCGGUCGAGGAGGGAGACGUGGUAGAGGGUACAACAGACAGUACUGAUAAACCUUCCAAGGGAGGUAAUCAUCAACGAGAAAAGGAAAUUGUGGGAUUUGGAAGCUAUGUAAUAUUUAUACGAUUAUCAUUUAUAUUCACGAGGUGUUGCUAGUAAGAAAGGUUAGUAUGAGUAGAUUUGAUUGGAUAAUGGUUAGACAGAGUAUGAGUAGAUUUGAUUGGAUAAUGGUUAGACAGAGUAUGAGUAGAUUUGAUUGGAUAAUGGUUAGACAGAGUAUGAGUAGAUUUGAUUGGAUAAUGGUUGGACAGAACAUUCUUUUGUUUCCCUUCUACAUGAAAAUUCAUACUUCAGAAAAUCAGCAUAAAAAAAUUUAAAUUCAUGGUGGAGCGAUUCUGAAUUAAAUUAUCAAAAAAGUUUUAUGAAAUGAAUUUUCAGGAAACAAAUUAUUUUUACCAUUGACUUGAUAAAUAUGACUAGGUUAGAGUGAGGAUAGGCAAGAUACAAUUCCAUUAAGGAUCCCACAUGUUGAGAGAGGUAAGUUAAAGCUAUUUUGAAAUUCAAGAUAUGUUUUCUAGUAUUUAAAAAUUUAUAUCACAAAUAUAAAUUUUAGGAAAUUAGAAAUAAAAGGUUGUGGGGUAGCUGUUUUUAGCCUAGGUUUUAGCAGUAUGUUUUGGAGUGUUUGAAAGUAUUGUACAUAAAUGUAAGUUUAUGUAUGUGAGACUCGGAUAGAAUUAAUCUGUCUAUGGAUUGUGUAAAGGUGAGUAUAUAUUUCAUUUGUCUCGUGUGAUGUAAAAUUGAGUUCAUUAUAAAUCCCAUACACCAUCGCUUUGAAGUCAAAUGUAAGUAUAAUUGGCAGCUAAGAAGAAUUAUCAUUAGUGAUUUUUGCAUCGCUGUUCCCCAAAAUGGUUUAGAGUUUCCAAAUCCCACAUUUCUUGAUUGAUUGGUUCCGGAUAGAUGUUUUGAUCCAGGAGCCAUGGCAAAAACUGGCCGCAUCUGUGACAAGGGAACAAGGAUCACGCACCAGCAAUACAGAAUUCUGAAGAAACUAUAAAUUGUGAGCUGGUCCUGAUGGAAGUCGAAGUCAAGAACUUUGGCUUCUGACAUGGAAAUAUUGCAACAGAUUUCCAUAUUUUUGUCAUAUUUCACAAAACAAUUUCUGGCCACAGAGAUUUCCAUACUUUUGUCAUUUUUCACAAAACAAUUUCUGACUGGAGAAAUUUUCAUACUUUUAUCAUAUUUCACAAAACAAUUAUGACCAGAGAUUUUCAUACUUUUAUCAUAUUUCACAAAACGAUUUCAGGCCAGAGAGAUUUUCAUACUUUAUCAUAUUUCACAAAACAAUUAUGACCAGAGAUUUCCAUACUUUUAUCAUAUUUCACAAAAUAAUUGCAGGCUAGACAGAAAUCAAUAUUUUUUUGACUGGUGAAGAUUAUGGAUUUAAUCCUUGUUCAGUUGUGGUCUAGAAUAUGGUGUCAACCAUAUUCUGUGACACAAGGAUACAAAUUUCUUCGUAAUAUUUUGGAUAUAUGUGACCAGUAUCACUGAAGUUGAUUUCCAAGAUUUGUACGUUUCAAAGAGAAAGAGAUCAUAUUAUAAUAUUAUUAUACCUUAAGAGGUAAAGACUUUUUUCUUAGUACAAAGACAAAGUUUAUAAACUACAGUUGUGAAUAUGGUUUAUAAACAUUUAUUUUAAAUGUGAAAACUUAAAACAUGUCUCUUGAUGAGAUUUCCUUCCUACAAAUUGUCCAUUCUAUUUUUUGUUUUUUUUAAUGUAUUAUAGUGAGGUCAUCUGUUCAAUUACAAAUGUUGAACAAGAAUUUAUUAUGCUUGUGGAUAGUUCCAGCUUGAAAGGACAAUUUUAUAUAAGCAUUCUCAUAUUUUAUACUUUCAUCUGUUGGGAGUGUCUUUAACAACUUAGUCCUGUUAUACAUUGUAAAGCCAUCACAAUUAAAUUUAAACAAUCGGUAUAACAUUGUUAAAUUGCUCAUCACAUUACAAUUCGUUGUAUGUUAUACUACUGUUGCUUUGAAGGUUAGUUAUAUACAUAGACAUGUACAUGUCUUUCUCAUUUUUGCCCCUUAAAACUGGUUUACUUUUCCUGCUGUAGAAAGAUGACAUGUAUUUUGAAAUAAAACUGAUUUUAAAUCUAUAAACAUUGAA